AUGGAUAAAGAAGUAGACAGAUACCUGAACGAGAGCCUGCUAAGUUUCAAACAUGCCGAGACCAAGAAUUCCGCCAGACGCGGCUCAUUAGUCAAGAAAACGAAAGGGCUUGAACUUCAAAAAAAGAUGGCCACAGCAAAAAUGUCUAAAGAAGAGCGUCAACUGAGAGAAAGUUUGCGGCAGAUAAAGAUAGAGCAGAAGAGGAAUUCGACAAUAAAAGAUUCGGUUGCGAAAUCAAGAGAGCUGGAAAAGCAAAGAACCAAGCCCGUGGUAAAGAAAUGUCCUUCGGCUGAUGUGGAUCCUUACCCAGUUACAUUCCCUGCCAUUAGAACUCCGUCUCCUUCCAGAUCACAACAUCCGAGUAACCGAAGCUCUCCAGGUCUUGUGCGGAGAAGGCCAGCAACUGGGUCGUCAUGGAAACGACACGAUGUGCCGGCGAGUCAUAGAUCCAGUGGAUCACCGAGAACCAAUGAAAGAAGAGAAGAGACAGCACGACUAUUGGCUGCCAGGGUGAGAGGUAGAAGGGUUUCGCAUGAAUUCGAAGAUCUUCAAAUGGACACAAAAACCGGAAGUUUACAAGCUCUGAAAGAUACGUCUGCGCAUGCCGUUGCUGCUCGUUUCCUGUCACAUGAGUUAAGUUCCUGCGAACAAGGAGGCUCGGUGUCGAGUUUGUCUUCUGUGGAAGAUCUAUACUGGGCAGGAGAACCGGAAGCAAUUACUUCAGUUCGACGACCUCGGAAGACUAGUGAACAACAAAGCAGAGAUGCUCUAAUCAAAAAGUCGCUGACUGAUGUCAAUAAAAAAUAA